AUGACCGAAAUCGAAGCCUACACGAAGAACUUGACGAUGUUACGAAGGACCCUCCUCGGGUCGGGGCUGCUGGCUGAGUUUCACAGACAAGCUUCGGGGGCCCUUGGAUCUCGUAGGCCAAUCCAUGCGUUUUCCCAGAUUCCACACAAUGGCCAUGCCUCUACAGGCCUGACCCAUUCCUCAAUUUAUGGGAGUGUAUCCAAUAAUCUCACUUGGACACACGCACUAAAUCUCACGAGACCCAUUCACUCCGGGAAACCAGCCGAAGACGAGGCGGGAAGAACCCCUCUCCUCAGGUCCAUGGACUACGUCAAAGGAUUGCUCCACGAGAGGGGGAAUAACUCGAAUGCCCCACCCCAGCAGCCCCGUCCAGCCAACUCCUUUCGAGGAAUGGUCCAGGAGAGGGGGAACAGCAUCGGUGGGCGGGCCCCGCUCUACCAGCAACCCCAGGUGGAGGCAAAUGCCGACAUUGUCCACAUCAGGCUGAUGCGCAACAAUGCCUUUGUAACGGUCACGGACUCCAAGGGGAACAAGAAGUUUGGGGUCACGGCUGGGCAGCUGGCGGGCAAGGGCGGCAAGCUGGGGCGGUACUCGGGGGAAGCAGCUGCCGAGAAUGCAGGGCGGAAGGUGAGGCAGAUGAAGACUCGGUCGGUGGUUGUGAAGGUGAAUGGGUUCACGUUUUUUAGGAGGAAGAAGGACGCAAUUCUGAGCUUCAGGGAUGGGUAUUCUAACUCAAGGAGUGAUGUGAACCCGGUCGUGUAUCUUGAGGACACGACCCGUAAGCCACACAACGGGUGCCGUCUCCCCAAGAAACGCCGCAUAUGA